AUGCUUCUUCAGACGGUUAAACCGCUGCUGCUCCGUUGCAGGAGCCUUUCGCCGGCAUGUACGAGAUUUUAUUACGCUGACAAAGUCGCCCGUCUCGGCUCUCAGCCUGACAAACACUCCGCCGACUACCAGGAGAAUUACGAGCGGAUGAAAGCUCUUGUCGAAGAAUUGAAAACCCGGACAGAGAAGAUUAAGUUGGGUGGGGGAGAAAAAGCAAGAAAACUUCACACUUCUCGUGGAAAACUCUUACCAAGAGAACGGAUCGAUAGACUGCUUGAUCCAGGGACUCCUUUUUUAGAGUUUUCCCAGUUUGCGGCGUAUGAGCUGUAUGGAAAAGAGGAAGUGCCAGCAGGCGGGAUGAUUACCGGGAUUGGACGGGUGUCUGGGGUAGAAUGUGUCAUUGUCGCCAACGACGCCACAGUCAAAGGUGGAACCUACUACCCAGUCACCGUCAAGAAGCAUCUUCGAGCACAAGAGAUCGCCCAGCAGAACCAUUUGCCCUGCAUUUAUUUAGUGGACUCGGGAGGCGCCAAUCUUCCCAGACAGGCUGACGUUUUUCCCGACAGAGACCACUUUGGACGCAUUUUCUACAACCAGGCCAGGCUGUCAUCAGAAGGAAUAUCACAAAUUGCGGUGGUGAUGGGCUCCUGCACGGCUGGCGGAGCGUACGUCCCCGCCAUGGCGGAUGAAAGCAUCAUAGUUAGGAAGCAAGGAACCAUUUUCCUCGGAGGACCUCCGCUGGUGAAAGCCGCUACCGGAGAGCAAGUUUCAGCAGAGGACCUCGGCGGCGCCGAUCUGCACUGCAGGAAGUCCGGCGUGACGGACCAUUACGCUUUAGAUGACAACCACGCUCUCCACUUAGCGCGGAAGGCAGUGCGGAGUCUCAAUUACAAGAAAAAUCUCGACAUUACUGUGGAACCAACUGAAGCCCCUCUUUACCCGGCCGACGAACUGUACGGCAUUGUCGGGGACAAUCUCAAACGGAAUUUUGACGUCAGAGAGGUCAUUGCCAGAAUUGUUGACGGGAGUAAAUUUGAUGAAUUCAAGGCGUUCUAUGGAGACACACUUGUGACAGGAUUCUCCCGAAUUUUCGGUUACCCUGUCGGAAUAAUCGGCAACAACGGAGUGUUGUUCUCCGAAUCUGCGAAAAAGGGCACGCAUUUCAUCGAGUUGUGUUGCCAGAGAAAUAUUCCGCUUAUUUUCUUACAAAACAUAACAGGUUUUAUGGUGGGCAGAGAGUACGAAGCGGGCGGAAUCGCUAAGGACGGCGCCAAGAUGGUGACCGCUGUGGCCUGCGCCAAUGUUCCCAAGAUGACCGUGAUCAUCGGCGGCUCGUACGGGGCGGGAAACUACGGCAUGUGCGGACGGGCCUACAGCCCGCGAUUUCUCUACAUGUGGCCGAAUUCCAGGAUUUCAGUGAUGGGCGGAGAACAGGCCGCCACCGUGCUGGCCACCAUUACCAAGGAUCAGCGAGCCAGAGAAGGAAAGGAGUUCUCAGCAGAGCAAGAAGCGGCCAUGAAGGAACCAAUCGUGCGGCGAUUUGAAGAGGAAGGAAGUCCCUACUAUUCCAGUGCAAGACUGUGGGAUGAUGGAAUUAUCGAUCCUGCUGACACGCGCCUGGUCUUGGGACUGAGCCUGAGCGCCGCGCUUAACGCGCCGACGAAGAAGACGCGUUUCGGAGUGUUCCGAAUGUGA